AUGAACCAAACAACAGAGUUGCUACCGUUAAAGGUGGCCGCAGCGAGGACAGUCGCGUUGCUUCUGAUCCAGAAGCAAAUCCGGUGGCGAAAACUCAUGGAAGUUGCACGAACCCUCCGGGAGAUCAUUCCGAAGUUAAAACUCCCUAUCAAAAUCCGGCGUCCGCUACAAGAAUUGGUAUCUUUACUACUUCGCGAAAUUCAGCGAUGGGCCGACAAGCACGUGGAAAUGUUCCCCAAAGUCCCGGUAAAAAUUGGGCGCACCCCUCGAUCCGAGCACGUUCGCAUGUUUCAGCCGUGGAUCGUCUGGAAGCCCGGGAAAUACGAAAUCGAUGACUAUCUGACCGCGAAAAAUAUUAUGCAAAACGAAUGUAAGAAUUGGCCGCAAGUGCGCUGGCAAUUCGCUUGCUGCUACGCGAUGGAGGAAGAGAUUUUCGAUGAUUGGAAGUACGAUCGACACCGAAGGUCUACUUUUAAAAAAACUUUAUCCGACCACCCAGUAUACGAAUUUUGGUCAGCGCUUUACGAAGCCCGUUGGGAGUCGAUGUUCGAAACGGAACGACGAUUGCCGAAUCAGAAAAUGACGCAAUGCUUCAUCUUCGCAAUCACCAAUGGCUACUGCGAGCUCGUGAAAUUUUUGUGGCACAAGAUCGGGCUGAACCAUGGGGAGUAUGUUGGUCUUUUACAAUGGAAAGCCUCCUGUUUCCGCUGUCGAGACCGCGACACCAUGAAGUUCUUGUGCACAAAGUUAUGCGAGCUCAACCCAAAAGCCGUGGCCCGGAUUACAUGGUGCACAUUUUUUGACGCUUUCUACAAGGCUGUAAAUAACGAAGAAACCGACAAAGUUAUCGAGCAGAAGAACCGCUGUAAGGUCCAGUUUUUGUUGACGAAUUGUUGUGAUGUCUUGCGGAAGCGACUGUUGGGAAUGGAGAACUUUAGAGUGAUUUGCGAUGCGUUCCGUUACAAUCUCGGUGAUUUGUUUACGCUGUUUUUGGAGCAUUUGGACAAGGAUGAUUUGCGAGCCGCUCGAGAGGUUGUUGACCGUAUCCACGACCGUACCCGAACCAGCCAUGGAAGCUCGAUGAAACAGAUGAUUCUGCGAAAGCAGCAGACAAUCAAU